CCCAACACCAACGUGUGCGUGGAGAGCGGCCCCAACCCCGAGGCGCCGGGGCUGCCCAAGGACAGCCACCUGCCCGAGGGGGCCCUCAACAGCCUUGUGGAUUACAACUCGGAGAUGGAGAGGUACCGCUCCUUCGCCACCUUCUACAAGACCAACGGCGGCGCCUUCCCCCAGGCGGCCAAGAUCGCCCGCAUCACCACCCCCAUCUUCCCCAGCGCGGCCGCCGCCGCCGCCGCCCGCAUCGGCAUGUCCCCCUGGAACUGCGACACCGCCACGGCCGCCGCCGCCACCGCCAUGCUCUGGGGCAGCGGCGGCGGCGGCGGCGCGGCGGGCGGCGCGAGGAAACCCUCCUCCUCCUCCUCCGCCGCCGCCGCCGCCGCCUCCGCGGCCGCCGCCGCCGCCUCCUCGCUGCACGCCGGCAGGGGCGGCAUGCACCACCGGAGCGACUCGCAGCGGCUGGGCAAGCCCGGCUGCCCGCCGGCCGAGCAGCCCGCCCUGCCCAUGGCCAACGGCAACUUCCUGUCCACCCUCGCCCCCGAGCACUGCCGGCCGCUGGCCGGCGAGUGCAUGAACAAGCUCAAGUGCGGCGCCGCCGAAGCCGAGAUCAUGAACCUCCCCGACCGCGUCGGCACCUUCUCGGCCAUCCCUGCGCUGGGCGGCCUCUCCCUGCCCCCCGGGGUCAUCGUCAUGACGGCCCUGCACUCCCCCGCCGCGGCCUCGGCCGCCGUCACAGACAGCGCCUUCCAGAUCGCCAACCUGGCGGACUGCCCGCAGAGCCACGCCUCGGCCUCGCCCGCCUCCGCGGCCGGGGCCGGGGCGGGCAACCCCGCCAAGAAGAAGCGGAAACGCUGCGGGGUGUGCGUGCCCUGCAAGCGGCUCAUCAACUGUGGAGUCUGCAGCAGUUGCAGGAACCGCAAAACGGGACACCAGAUCUGCAAAUUUAGGAAAUGUGAAGAGCUUAAGAAAAAACCGGGCACUUCGUUAGAGAGAGCACCUGUUCCCAGCGCUGAAGCAUUCCGAUGGUUCUUUUAAGCAGUAGUGUAUCUUAUUUUCGAGGCAGUCCGAAGUGAAUGGCAAGCUAAAGUCUUGUUUUAAGAAACUGCUUAGUCCACCAUUGAAGAAUAUACUCAGAUACUAUUUUCCUUUAUGUAUAGGGGUUUCCUCAAAAGCAAAAGACAAAAAUCUGUGAGCCUGGGGAAUUGGCCAGCUUCUUCACAUUCAGUACACCAAUUCUUUCUUUGAUGUAACUUAGCUAUACUAGUGAAGUUGUUGUCUAUUUUUAAAGUGGCUGUAAAAAAAAAAAAGUUUGGGUAAACCCCUGCUAUAAAGUUAUGUAUCUUUGAAAAGUAACAUAUCUAUACUUCAUUUUCAAAUAUAUGUGUUUCAGUACUGUAAACUGUACAGAUAGCCGCUUGUAUUUUGUGUGUUUAGACACAAGGAGACAAUCAUGUCUGAGCAUCAAUGGAGAUAAACGGUUUGUACACAACAGUGUGGUUCUGCAAAUUAAAUCCGGAGCAAUAAAUUCUAGCUUUAACUAUUAUUUUGCUAGUUGUUUAGCAGCAGCAACAGCAGCACUGUUUUACCAUGCAUCCUUCCAUAGAAACUUGAUGCCAAGUUUUCCAAGAUAAAAAGAUUAUGACACAUCUAGCAAUUACCUUCUGUUGUGGUGUUGUGAGAGGGGAAGACGUAACACUUAAAAUUAAUCCUUCAAGCACUAUAUUAGAAUAGUGGUUUGUGCACUUGCAUUGCUUCCAAAAGAGCUUUACAGAGGGGUAGCUCUCAAAAAAUGCUGUCUGGUGUCUGACUUAUUUUUUCACUGUGCCCAGCAUAGGCAAAUGUGCAAAACUAGUCAUUUAAAGAAAGUUUGUUCUAGGAUACAAACCAGAGUAUGAGACCCUAGGAAAAAUGGUGACUCAGCUUAAUUACCCUUCACCUACAAGAUCUUAUGUAACGUUUUCAGUCAAUGGAGUAAAUAUUUUAUAAAGUGGAAUGCCAUAUUUUUGGUUCUGGGGGAGCUCUUCACAGUUAAGUGAGUUUUGACAGUUGGACUGGUUUAGGUCUCACUUGCAUUUGUGCUCAUUUUAGAGCCUGGAUAUUUUUGUGGUAUACAAUAAUUUUUUUUUUUUUAAUGCUUUUAGAAAAAGACCAUUUCUCCCCACAUGUUUCUUGGCCCACUGAUCUCAGCUUUGCCGAAUAACUGAUCCCUUAAGCCCUUACAAAAAUGCUUUGCUAUUCUUCUUCCUGUUCUAGCUGUAUGGAAGAAAUGUCUACUACAUGGAAAGGCGGCACACAGAGGGAUAUAGCUGACAUGCCAUAAAAAAUAUGGAGGAUUCUUUAUUUAGGGAUACUUAUUAUCAGUUGAUCAUCACUUUUUAUCACUUGGCUUUGUCAUACCACUCACAAGUGAGAAGGCCAUGCCACCAAAGUAAGUGAAUGCUGUUGUUCCAUGUAUUUGAUAGAUUUAUAAUUUUAUACAAGAUAGGCCUACCAGUAGUUUAACAAACAAGGUGCUGGGCAUGGAAAUAACGAGUUAAUGUUGCACAGCACAUGUAAAUCUCCUACUGUUUUGGCACUUUCUUCCAGUUUUUGCUAUGUACUUCAGCCU